GAAUGGACAGUCGGGACAGUGAGUCCUGCUCAUUCCGAUUGAUUUAUACUUAUCAAACAACGCCAUCACCAAGACCCGCCGUGGGAUCUUACAAAACAGGUCAGAUUAUGACGAAACACAUGGCGCGGUAUGGUCCGACAGGAACGGAACGGAUUAUACAGAUCGUUUAAAAGCGUCCGCGAUGCCUGUGAACUCCGGGCAGUAAGUGAGUUGUCCUAGUAGUCCGAAACGUACUCUGGGCGUUAACUGAUCGUGUGGAGGGUUUUUUUCACGGAAUUUGGGAGUUUCUCGUCAUCUCUCUUCAACAUGAAGUCUACCUCGGGGGUGCGAAACCAAGCCCUUGCUACCUGCGUUAUAAACGUUAUCAACCUAUCGCACGGUGCUGGUCUGGGAUGGGUAUCUCCGUAUCUACCGGUCCUGAUGGACGAGAACCAAACCGUGCUCGAAACAGGUCCGGUGACGGUUGACCAGGGUUCCUGGAUCGGAUCGAUCCUGUGUCUGGGCGGACUGUGCGGUGCGUUCGUGUAUAGUUAUCUAGUUGAAAAGUUCGGUAUCAAAAAGUCCAUACAGGCACUAGCAAUUCCACACUCGGCGUUCUGGAUAACCGUGUAUCUGGCUACUUCCGUCUACCACCUGUAUAUAGCACGCUUUAUGGCAGGUUUGACGGGCGGAGGUAUCAUAGUAACAUUUCCUCUCUUCGUAGCGGACAUUUCUGAUAAACGAAUUCGAGGAAUUCUCGGAACCUUCCUUGCGCUAAUGAACAACCUGGGUAUACUGUUCAUGUACGUGAUCGGCAACGUACUGUCUUACCAUACGGUUGUCUUCGUUAUGCUCGUACUGCCAGCCCUGUUUACCGGUCUGAUGCUACUUAUCCCGGACACACCACAAACGCUACUCAAACAGGAUAAGGUUAGUGACGCCGAGCAAUCCUUCAUGUUCUAUCAGGGCAUCCGGGAUUCAAUGGUCGGCAAGUCGUCAUCGUUCCGUCAGGAGUUUGAUAACAUGCGGAAGUUUAUUGAGAACAGCAUGCAGGGUAACUCGCGCGUUACAGUGGCCGAUUUUCGAACGCGCGAAGCUAAGCUAGGAAUGCUGAUCGGGGUGUUUCUGAUGUUUGUCAAUCAGUUCUGUGGCAUCUUCGCCGUGCUGACCUAUGCCGCUUACAUCUUUGCAACGGUCGGGUCGACGCUAAGUCCGAACACAUCGACCAUCAUCAUGGGUUCGGUUCAGAUCUUUGGUACGCUCUCUUCGUUCGUUUUUAUCGAUCUGAUAGGACGCAAGGUGUUGUUGGCUAUCUCGACGUUCGGAAUCGCUAUGGGACUGCUAUUCCUGGCAGCCUUUAAUUGGAUGGUGAUCAACGGUGUCGAAUGGGUGUUGGAAUUCCAAUGGCUCCCGAUCGUUAUCCUGUCAGCAACCGUAUUUCUCUACGCGGUUGGUUUGAGUAGUAUACCGUUCUUCGUGCUACCAGAACUGCUUCCACCUAAAAUAUGCAACGCGGGAAACACACUCAGCAUGGUCUCAGUUACUAUAUUCUCGUUUAUCAGCUUAAAGAUAUUCCCUAUCAUGGUAGAGGCCAUCUAUCUCUACGGAGCUAUCGGAAUUUACUCUGGAAUAUGUUUCAUCGGAGGAACCAUUUUCCUAUUUAUUAUUCCUGAGACUAAAGGCAAGAGCCUUAUCGCGACGCCAAGCGCAGCGUGA